AUGUAUAUUUUAUGGCUGAAUCGGCCACUCACCCUGUCAGAGAAGAUUGUGUAUGGCCAUUUGGAUGACCCGGCUGGACAGGAAACUCGAGGACGCACAUAUUUGCGCCACCCUGAUCGGGUUGCUAUGCAAGAUGCAACAGCACAGAUGGCCAUGCUGCAGUUCAUCAGCAGUGGACUCCCAAAAGUGGCAGUGCCGUCCAACCACUGUGACCAUCUUAUUGAGGCUCAGAUUGGAGGAGCCCAAGAUCUGCAGAAGGCCAAGUGAAUGAGUUAGGGAAUGUGUGAAGUAAAUCAAGAGGUUUAUAGUUUCCUUGCUAGUGCUGGGGCUAAAUAUGGUGUUGGUUUUUGGAAACCUGGUUCUGGGAUCAUUCAUCAGAUCAUCUUGGAGAACUAUGCAUAUCCAGGAGUCAUGUUGAUUGGUACAGACUCUCACACCCCUAACGGCGGGGGGUUUGGGCUGCAUCUUGCAUUGGAGUUUGGUGGAGCUGAUGCUGUUGAUGUCAUGGCAGGCAUUCCCUGGGAGUUGAAGUGUCCAAAUGUCAUUGGUGUGAAGCUGACAGGAGCAUUAUCUGGUUGGAGCUCACCAAAGGAUGUCAUCCUGAAAGUUGCUGGUAUUUUGACUGUGAAGGGUGGCACUGGUGCUAUUGUGGAGUAUCAUGGCCCUGGUGUGGACUCCAUCUCAUGCACAGGAAUGGCCACAAUUUGCAAUAUGGGUGCUGAAAUUGGAGCUACCACCUCUGUGUUCCCUUUCAACCAUCGUAUGAAGACAUACUUGGACAAGACGGGUCGAGGAGAAAUUGCCACUUUAGCAGAUGAAAACAAGGACUUAUUGGUUCCUGACUCAGGUUGUCAUUAUGACCAGCUGAUUGAGAUUAAUCUAGAUGAGGUAAGUCCUCACAUCAAUGGCCCAUUUACUCCUGACCUGGCCCAUCCUGUUUCAGACAUCGGCUCUGUCGCUGAGAAGAAUGGUUGGCCCCUGGAUGUUAAAGUUGGUCUUAUUGGAAGCUGCACCAACUCCAGCUAUGAGGACAUGGGCAGAGCCGCUUCCCUGGCCAAACAAGCUCUUGACAAGGGUCUCAAGUGCAAAGCCCAGUUCACUGUCACUCCUGGGUCUGAGCAGAUUCGUGCCACAAUUGAGCGAGAUGGCUAUGCUAAAGUGUUGAGGGAUGUUGGUGGAAUUGUCCUGGCUAAUGCUUGUGGACCGUGCAUCGGUCAAUGGGACAGACGUGACGUUAAAAAGGGAGAGAAGAACACCAUUGUUACAUCAUUCAACAGGAACUUCACAGCCAGAAAUGAUGCCAACCCUGCCACUCAUGCUUUUGUCACCUCUCCAGAGAUUGUCACAGCCCUUGCCAUUGCAGGCACACUGAAGUUUAACCCUGAGACUGACUUCCUUACAGCCCCCAAUGGAGAGAAGUUUAAACUGGAGCCACCCACAGGAGAUGAACUUCCUGCUCGUGACUUUGACCCAGGUCAGGACACCUACCAGCACCCACCAGCUGAUGGCUCUGCUCUUAAAGUAGAUGUUAACCCACAGAGCAACCGUCUGCAGCUGCUCGAGCUUGACAAAUGGAGUGGAAAAGACCUUGAGGACCUCCAAGUGCUCAUCAAGGUGAAAGGAAAGUGCACCACUGACCACAUCAGCGCUGCCGGACCCUGGCUGAAGUUCCGUGGCCACCUUGAUAAUAUUUCCAAUAACCUGCUAAUUGGUGCCGUUAAUAUUGAGAAUGAUGGUGUCAAUAAACUCCGCAACCUUCUGACUGGGGAGUACGGGGGCGUUCCUGAUGUUGCUCGCCAUUACAAAAAGAACAAUAUUUCGUGGGUAGUUGUUGGAGAUGAGAACUAUGGUGAGGGAUCCAGCAGAGAACAUGCUGCUCUGGAGCCCAGACAUUUAGGAGGGAGGGCCAUCAUUGUGAAGAGCUUUGCUAGAAUCCAUGAAACAAACUUGAAGAAACAGGGCCUGCUGCCCCUCACCUUCUCCAAUCCUGCUGAUUAUGACAAAAUCCGCCCAGAUGAUAAAAUCUCCAUUAUUGGGCUUAAGAGCUUCGCCCCUGGAAAGCCUCUUAAAGCCGUCAUCAAGCACACUGAUGGAAGCUCGGAAACAAUCGAGUUGAACCACACCUUUAAUGAAACCCAGAUCGAAUGGUUCCAGGCUGGCUCCGCCCUCAACAGAAUGAAAGAGAUGCAGAAAUGAACGUGAUUGGCCAUAUAUAUACAAUUAUAUGGAGGGGGGGUUAUGCAUCAAACAGGAGGAUUGGAAUGUGUAUGAAAGGUUUAAACACUCUCAUGUAAUUAUGAACUGAAGUAUACACAAAACAUACAACACGUUUUUAAAACUGUGUUACAUAGACAAGUCAUGUUUAUACACAAGCGUCUCAGAACUAUAUAAUAUAUUGCAGGACUGAUAAUUGUUUAGAAAUUGUUAUGCUUAGUGCAAGUUGGAACUAUUACAGAAUGGUUAAAAAAAUGACCUACAAAUGAUUUUAGCGGAAGAUGCCAGAGUUUGAUUUACAAAAUUAUCCAAGUAUCUGUGCUGUGAUCAGGCAACUGUUAAUGAUUCAUUUCUGUUUGUAAUCUCACACUGAACUGUAAUGAGAGCUGCUUGUGAAUGUUCUCUGCUGUAAUCAGCCGAUAUUUGACUUGAUUCAUUUAAAAGAGCUUGUCAGUCACUCAUAAUAAUUGGUGUUCUUAUUCACGCAAGCUUGAAACUUGACCGGUUAUUGUUCAUGUAGCUAUUCUGACUUGUCUAUGCCUGUUCUUCAAAUCUUCUGCAGAUCUCGUCGUACACAACAUCAAAAUCCAUCAAUCGUACCUGUGCUGAGCGCACCGCAGGUCAAGUUCUAAAUGUUUUAAACCAAAUUCAUAUUUAUAAGCAUUUGAAGCAAAUCUCGAAUGUGCAUUAUCUUAAGUGUUUUGGAUGACAGUUAUUGAGUAAUUGAUCAGUAAUCAGACCUUCAGCCUUGUGAGCACUUUUCCUGUAUAUUUGAGUGCCCUUUUUUGUAGGGUUGCAUUUUUUUCUUCUUCUUUUACACAGAGCUGUUCUCAUGUCAGUCACUCUGACUAGCAGACAAUACCAACUGCUUUCAAGAUACCAAACAGUAUGUGCUCAUCAGAUGACUUUUACUGUAGUACGAAUGCUAGCCGAUACGGUAAAUGUGAAGAAUGCUGUCUAGUUGUAUCUGCAGCUCUAAACUGUGUAUUUCGUAACACCACACAAGCACAUCCUCUUUAUAACCCCAUUAUUUUCCAUCUUUUUCUUCUUUUCUGUUGUUGAGGAAAUGGAUGCUGAUCGGUCACAGUGGGUUAUAAAAUAAAGUAAUUUAAAAUAA